AUGCCAAACUGGAUACUUGGCCCGAAAUUCGACACCGUCUACCCUCACAAGGGGUCUAUCAAAACCCUGUGGGAGUCGCGGUGGAAGUUUGCUUGUCAGAAAUCUGUAUACCCGUUCCAUGAUGGGUGUUAUGAUGACUUCGAACCCAUCUUCCAGGAGCUUAUCUCGGAUGAUAUCAACGACGCAGAAUCAGAGGAGUAUACCACAUCUUUCUUCCCCACCGCAUCCUCCCUUGAGCGGCUGGCUAUCCAAGCACUAGAUGCCGGACAGCGAGAAAAAGCCUCUGAACUCCUCUGCCGCGCCGCCGCUGUCUACCGCAUCUCCCGGUUCCCAUACGUAGACGUCACCCAGCCAGACUCCCUUAAACGCACCGCGUACGAUCUGCAGAAGGGCGUCUACCAAAGGGCAGCCUCCCUUUGGGAUGUACCCAUGCAGGAGACUUUAAUCACCCAUACCCACCGCAGCGGCCAUGACGGGCGAGAACUCCCCAUAUACGUCCGCCUGCCUCAGGCUACAGAAAACCCAGACCCGAUUCCGGUAAUACUCAUCAUGACAGGCCUAGACGGCUACCGCACAGACAACAGCCAGCGCAGCCACGAAAUCACCGCGCGCGGCUGGGCGACGGUGAUUAUGGAGAUCCCAGGCACCGCAGAUUGCCCAGCCGAUCCUGCAGAUCCUGAAUCGCCGGAUCGGCUAUGUGACAGCGUCCUCGAGUAUAUCAUGGCACAUUCCAGACUGGACGCUACCAGGGUCGUUGUAUGGGGACUGAGCGCAGGGGGGUUCUAUGCUAUCCGAGCGGCGCAUACGCAUGCAGAUCGGCUGCUUGGUGCGGUUGCGCAUGGGCCUGGGUGUCAUUACUUCUUGGAUAAGGAGUGGUUGGGCCAUGUGGAUGAUCAUGAGUAUCCGUUUACGCUCACCACGGCAUGGGCGACGAAGCACGGGUACAAAGACGUGGAGGAAUUUAAGGAACACGCACAGAAGAAGUUCUCGCUGGUGGAGACGGGGAUUGUGCACAAACCUAGCUGCAGAAUGUUGCUUCUGAAUGGUGUCGCGGACGGUGUUACGCCGAUUGAAGACUGUUUGGAACUUUUCAACUAUGGAACUCCGAAGGAGGGGAAAUUCUUCCCCGGCCUGCCGCACAUGGGAUAUCCCGACAGCUUGAUCGUGGCAUACCAGUGGCUGGAGGAUCUUCUGGGGAAUGUGGCUCCUAAUUAUAAUGACAGGUCCACACAGGUGAAAGAGAUUCCGAACUAA